AUGAAAGCCACAGAACACGGCGGCGACAAGGUUACGACCGGUGCAUGGAGCACCUGCGAUGGCUAUCAAGCAACAAAACUGUCGCGAGCCUGUUCCGUUUUCGCUCUCCCUAAAACUGAGCAAUCAUUGGGCCUGGAGGCUGCAGUCGAGGCUGCCAUCCAAUUCCUCAACAAAGCCGUGAAGCCUAUCCUUGUCGGGGGCCCGCAACUCCGCGUGGCCCCUGCAACGCCUUUGUCCAGCAGGCAGAUGCUUGCGAGAAUUUCAAGGUUCGAUUUUGCAUUAAGAAAGAUUACUCUGAGGACGUUGAAGCUCCUCUUUUGGGGAAUUCUGCUACAAGGAGGUUAUUCUCAUGCACCGGAUCAUUUAACUUAUGGAGUCGACAUGAAUAAAAUCCGAUGGUUCGACAUUCUCCAGCGAAUAGCUUUGGUGUACUUUGUUGUGGCUUUAAUAGAAACUCUGACCACCAAGCUCAAGUCGACAAGCCUAGAACCCGAUCGUUGCUCAAUUUUCACUGCCUACAAAUGGCAAUUGAUGGGUGGCUUUGUUACAUUUGUGAUCUACAUGGUCACGACAUUCUCUCUUUACGUACUGGAUUGGAGUUUCGUGGUAUACCACGAUCAGAAGCCUGAAAAAUUCAAUAUAUCGACAGCUUCCUUGGAGAAGAAUUCAAGAUCCUGGUCAAGGUCCAGAACACCUUUGAGGUCAUUGUCUAGACCAAGGGCUGAUCUAGGUCGAGGUCUGGCUCUAGAGGUCGUGGCAGGUAACUCAUUGGCUUUAGAAGGAAUAGAUGAAGGUUGUUAUGAACAUGGGGCCUUGGCUUACUUAUUACUCGGAAUGUUGGUCAGGUUUUUGAAAUUGAAAAGAAUCUAA